CUGGUACAGCAUUCGCAGGGUCGUCGACUCGAUGUACGUGGAUCGAUGGCUCUGCGGGCGAUCGGAAGUUAUCAAGCGGAAAACGGCGAAUCAGCAAGACGGCACACAAGCGAGCGGGACGACGGUCCGCGCACUGCGACCGAGAAACACCAAGUGCGUGGCGAUUGGCCGCGUUGCUCGGCGCGCUCGCCGCUCACCCGCGCCUUGCCACAUCCCAGCAGGUUGCAGGAACGAGACGCUGCUCCCCAGCUCGAGGAUGAAUCUGCGCCUGUACGCGCCAGGCUUCGAACGUUUCGCUAGCUGGUCCGUGAAGAGGCAAAUAGAAUCCGUGAUGCGACGAUGUAACGACGCGAUGGCUGCAAUACGCUCGUGCUCAGGAGAUAGGAUGAUCUACUUCAAAUUUCGGAAGACAAAGGAACUAAUGCAGGAGAGAUACAUUCAAACAGCGACCUUGCGGAAGUGUACUUGUUGACAUUGGCCAAGAGUUCCAAAUCGGAUAGCCAGAUGCUCGCCAAGUUUCUUACGACGAUUAAAUUCUCUCUAUAAAUAAAACAAGCGUUAGUUCCGUAUUGAUAAGAUCGACCUGUGUUUUUCGGAUAUUAUCUCGAAAAGUGAUCUAAGAUAUCUUUGUAGGAAAAUUAUAAUAUAUAUAAACUAAGAAAUAUAAUUAUAAAAAUAUAUAGGUAUAUGAUAAGGAAAGAGUAAUAAUUUGGAUAAUUUAUGAUAAAGAUCGCAUACGAGUGUACAAAGUCGUGUAUGUGUAUAUACACGACACAAUUUUUAUUGAUAUAUCUGUAUCAAUAUAUUUUUAUAACAAUAAUGAUAUAAAAUAUAAAAAUGUGUAAAUAAUAUAUGUACAAUAAAACGAGAUAAAAAAUUGAGCUCAGCGGAAUAUUUAAUUAUGCCGAUUGAUUGCUCAUUUUUGAACAACCUGAGCAACCUUUGCUCGCGCUCGCAAUACAUCUCAUCAAAUCAAGGAUAAACUUACAUCUAUUUAUCAUUCAUUUAUCUAUUCAUUUCCACUGGUAUCAAAAAAUUCUAUCGCGUUAUAUCAUAUCGAGCAAAACCUGCGCUUUGCAUUGCAUUUUAUUUAUCCGUGUAAGAAUUACAUAAAGAAACAAAUGAAGUUUUUCUUAAAGCAUUAAGCUUUUUAAUCAAGUAAUUCAUAUUAAUUAUAUGUAGAAUCAUUCCGCAUCAGAGAUGCAAGCUAAUCCACAUCACAAAAAGAAUAUUAUCUUAUGUAUAAAGGUAUAGAGAGAUUAACAAUUUCAAUUAUAUAUAUUCAAUUUCUUUUAUAUAUAUAAAAAUCUAUAUAUAUUCAAAUUGUUAAUCUCUAUAUACGUGCUGAUUAUGAAAAUAGUCUAAGUCAAAAUUCUAAAAAAAUUGAAUUUAUCACUUAUUUUAUAUUAUCGAUUUACAUUACAAUUGUAGUAUUGAUUUAUAUUACAAUAACAUAGAAGCAUUUUGAUUUACUUAGACCACUUUCAUAAUUACCGGCACAUUAAGAUUCCUCUAAACUUAUAUAUUGUAUAGCAAUGAGAUCAAUUCAAGCCCUCAGUAAUACGAUAAUCCGAGAUUUAAAAUCGAGCACGUUAAAACAUUGAUAGAGUUAAAAAUGCACAAAAAUUAAAACAUGUAAAAAAACUUAUAAGAUAUAAAAAGUAUAUGUUAUUCAUAACAUAGGAUACGUUUUUCAACUCUAAACUGCAACUGAGAGUUCGAUAAAACUUUUCUCGUAGAAUUCGUUUUCCAUGUUCGUCCCAUGUUUUGAGCAUUAACAUAAAUAUAUCUAGUAAAACAUAUGUAACCACAAUCUUGAUCACAAUGAAGCUUUGAUGGUAAGCUUUAAAAAUAAUGAUAUAACGAUGUCACAGAUAUAUCCACACUUUUAAACUAAGUAUGUAUAAUUUGGUAAAGCUUGCGCUCAUAUAAGCUUCUAAGUUCAAGUUCACAUAAUAACGUAACUCUGAAUGUCUUACAUAUGUAUAAGGCACAUGAAUUACGCGUAAUCAAAUUUUACAACGUUUUACAACCGCAAUUUGCGAGGGCUAUUACAUAUAUUGAUAUUAUAUGUACAUACAUACAUGUAUGAAACAUGGCAACUAUUUGACUGGAUGGAUCUAUCAAAAUUUGUGAACUGUCAUGUUCAUCAGUCUUACUUUUUCUAAAUUCUUGAUACAACACUGGGAAGAAUAAUACGAAAAGCACUUUCGUAUCAUUAUUUUCUGUAUCGAAAAUACUUAACAUUUUCGAUACAAAAAACUACUACCGUUGUAUCUAUGAAUAUUAUCUGUUUCCAACAAUAUUCCUGGCCAUAUUACAUAUAUUCUAUGUUUGAUAACACGAUUGAUUUUAAACAAUGUUAUAUUUAUUCAUUGCGAAUUUUAUAGUCAAUAUAAAUGUCGGAUUUAUUUCUUUUGAAAUUCUAAUUAUAAGAUCCACUAAAAUAUUAUCAAUUAUAAUUAUAAGAAAUGUAUUUAAUAAGUGCGUUAAUAAAAUCAUGAUAGUCUUAAUUAAGAAAGAA